AUGUCUGAGGGACCUCUCUACCUCGGGUUUGACUUGUCAACCCAGCAGCUAAAAGCCAUCGUAAUCCAGUCCGACCUCUCCGUUGUCUCCUCCGCCAAGGUCGACUUUGACGGCGACUUCGGGGCCAAAUAUGGCAUCAAGAAGGGUGUCCAACUAAACGAGGCCGAAGGCGAGGUCUUUGCCCCCGUCGCCAUGUGGCUCGAGGCCCUCGACCUAGUUCUCCAGCGCCUCCAGGAGGCCAACACCCCUCUCAACCGCAUCCGCGGCAUCAGCGGUUCUUGCCAACAACACGGCAGCGUAUACUGGAGCCGGGAGGCCGAGAAGCUUCUUGCGGAACUGCAGGCCGAGGAACAGAGGGGAAAGCUGGUUGAUCAGCUGAAGGGAGCUUUCUCCCAUCCUUAUGCGCCUAACUGGCAGGAUCACAGCACACAGGCCGAGUGUGAUAAGUUUGAUGAGGCUCUUGGGACGGCGGAGAGGUUGGCUCAUGCUACGGGAAGUGCGGCGCAUCAUCGCUUCACCGGCACCCAAAUAAUGCGUCUCCGCCGCAAGCUCCCCGAGAUGUACGCCUCCACCUCGCGCAUCUCCCUCGUCUCCUCCUUCCUCGCCUCUCUCUUCAUCGGCUCCGUCGCGCCCAUGGACAUCUCCGACGUCUGCGGCAUGAACCUCUGGGACAUCCCCAGCAACACCUGGUCCGAGACCCUUCUCACCCUGACCGCCGGCGGCUCCGUCGAAGGCGCCUCCGACCUCAAGUUCAAGCUAGGCGAAGUCCGGCUCGACGGCGGCGGCAGCGUGGGCAAGAUCAGCCCUUACUUCGUGGGCAAGUACGGCUUCUCCCCCGACUGCGAAAUCGCGCCUUUCACAGGCGACAACCCGGCGACCAUCCUCGCGCUCCCGCUGCGCCCGCUCGACGCCAUCGUGUCUCUAGGAACAUCCACCACCUUCCUCAUGAUCACGCCCGUCUACAAGCCCGACCCUUCUUACCACUUCUUCAACCACCCCACCACCCCAGGCCAGUACAUGUUCAUGCUCUGCUACAAGAACGGCGGUCUAGCGCGCGAAAAGGUCCGCGACAGCCUCCCUGCUGCCCCUCCCAACAGCUCCUCGACAGACCCCUGGUCAAUCUUCAACACCCAAGCUCUCUCCACCCCUCCCCUCGACAUCUCCUCCUCCUCCUCCCAGUCCACCGAUGCCAAAGCCAAAGCCAAGCUAGGCCUCUACUUCUACCUCCCCGAAAUCGUCCCCAACAUCUCAGCCGGCACCUGGCGCUACGAGUGCUCCGCCGCCGACGGCUCCGGUCUCACACAAGUCAUCCACCCCUGGCCCGUGGAAAAGGACGCGCGCAUCAUCGUCGAGUCGCAAGCGCUUUCCAUGCGCCUGCGCUCGCAGAAGUUGGUUUCCACUCCUCCCUCUUCUCCCUCCGGCACAUCACCAUCAUUAUCGCCUCUCCCCGCCCAGCCAAGACGUAUCUACCUCGUAGGCGGCGGCUCUCUCAACCCGGCCAUUGCGCAGAUAAUGGGCGAUGUGUUGGGCGGCGUGGAUGGUGUUUAUAAGCUUGAUGUGGGCGGUAAUGCCUGUGCAUUGGGCGGCGCGUAUAAGGCUGUUUGGGCGUUUGAGAGGCGGGAUGAGACGGAGACGUUUGAUGAGCUGAUUGGUAAGCGGUGGAAGGAGGAAGGGGCAAUUCAGAAGGUGGAUGUGGGGUAUAAGAGGGGGGUGUUUGAGGGGUAUGGGAAUGUGUUGGGGGCGUUUGGGGAGAUGGAGGAGACGGUGUUGGAGGUUGCUAGGAAUAAGUAG